GCCCUCCCUCUCUCUGUGUUCUGUUUACCAACCUCACUUUGUAUUCCUGACUCACUGUUUUCGGGGCCUCUACAGGACUUGCGCAUAAUCUCUCAACUUUAGCAGCCCUUUUAUUUCCAUCUCAUUCCGACAGUCUCCCAAUUCUCGUCAGAGCUGACCUCUCCCGAAAAACCCCUCCCUAGCAACCUGCCCCGCUCCCUUCACAACACAAACCACCAUGUCGCGCCAUCGCGUUAAGGCCGUGAGCUACGACGAAGACGACUUCGACGACGGUUAUGACUCCCCUGAUCCCGAGGAACAAGAGUUUCUUCAACAGUGCACUACGGAGGUCCUGAACCAGCUGCGCGCGGGGGACCCUUCUGUGACGGCGACUCGCGAUGAGGUUCAGGAAGCGCUUUGGCACUAUUACAAUGAUGUCGAGAAGUCGGUGAAUUACUUGAGGAACAAGAAGGCGAAGGAAAUCAAGAAGAAGGCUCCAGCCCCGGCUGCAGUACCGGCUACGAAGGCGAAAGGCCCAAGCCCCGACGACGUUAUCCUGAAUGCUCAGAGCUCUGCAAAAGGCUUCAAAUCGAAACAACCUGCUGCGAAGGCGGGUGACAAGAAAUCUCAGGCUGGUUUGUCUGAAGGCAUGAAUAAUCUGAGUGUGGAGGAGAAGGUGAAUGUCAAGAGCAAGAACCUGGAUGUGCUGUCUGAGUACCAGAAAUCGCAACGGAAGAAGGCCAUGAAUUUUGCCGUUAUCGGUCACGUUGAUGCAGGGAAGAGCACAUUGAUGGGGCGUCUGCUGGCUGAUCUCAAAGCUAUUGAUCAACGUACCCUAGACAAGUAUCGCAAAGAAGCGGAGAAAAUCGGCAAAGGAUCGUUCGCCCUGGCGUGGGUAUUGGAUCAGGGUUCCGAAGAGAGAGCUCGAGGUGUUACUAUUGACAUUGCAACGAACAAAUUUGAGACGGAAAAGACGGUCUUUACGAUAGUGGAUGCUCCAGGUCAUCGUGACUUUGUGCCUAACAUGAUUGCCGGCGCCAGCCAGGCCGAUUUCGCCGUCCUCGUCAUUGAUUCGGGCACGGGUAACUUCGAGUCGGGACUCAAAGGUCAAACGAAGGAGCAUGCCCUGCUGGUGCGGAGUAUGGGUGUUCAGAGGAUCAUCGUUGCUGUGAACAAGAUGGACUCGGUCCAAUGGGACCAAGAGCGCUUUGACGAGAUCGAACAACAGGUGUCCUCGUUCCUGACGACGGCUGGGUUCCAGGCCAAGAACAUCGCCUUUGUGCCCUGCUCAGGAAUUAGCGGAGAUAAUGUCACCAGACGGAGCGAUGACCCGAAUGUCUCAUGGUACAAGGGUCCUACAUUGAUCGAGGAGCUUGAGGCCACCGAAGCGUAUUCGCACGCCGUGGACAAGCCACUCCGGAUGACCAUCGGGGAUGUCUUCCGUGGAAGCGUCCAGAAUCCUCUUUCGAUUUCGGGGCGCAUGGAUGCUGGCAGCCUACAGGUCGGCGACCAGAUACUCACGAUGCCUAGUGGCGAAAAGGCCACGAUUCGGAGCCUGGAAGUAGACGGGGAACCCAGCGACUGGGCGGUGGCGGGUCAGAACGUCACGUUGAACUUGGUCAAUAUUGACCCGAUCCACCUCCGCUCUGGCGAUGUCAUCUGCCGUGCCUCGGCGCCAAUUGCCAACGUUACUUCCUUUACGUGCAAAGUGCUGGCCUUUGACCAUCUGUUGCCUAGCAUGGUGGAUAUCCACCGGGGACGCCUGCAUGUACCCGGAAGAAUCAGCCAGCUGGUUGCAACUUUGGACAAGGUGUCUGGUGCGAGCAUCAAAAAGAAGCCUAAGAUUGUUGCACCCGGGACCGUGGCACGGAUAGUGGUGGAGAUGGACCAGGCUGUGCCCCUUGAAGCGCCUACACGCAUUGUCCUACGGGCAGGAGGUGAAACUGUUGCCGCUGGAUUGCUAGAGUAAUAGUUAGAGACGGAUACAUGUCAAUAAGCUGUUCUGCAUAUAUAUAUAUCCCUUCAUGCCAGUCUAAGA